AUGCAACGAACUCAAUUCCUCAUUCGCCGCGCUGUCGCGAGCAACACCACCAGCACAUUCACAAGAACACCAAUCCGGACAUUCGUAUCAAGUAGUCCACGAUUCGUUGGCGGACCAGGAGGAAACCCUUCGCACGAACUAUAUGAGAAGAGUGACGCCGCACCCACGCAAGACCCCAAGAAGGACGACUCACUCCCCAACAAGAUCGAAAGCAAGUUGGGAGAAGGGAGCGGAAGCAAGAGCCACGCCACAGACGACAGCAUCGUGCCCGGAAGCGUGCAAGAAGCGGCACCAGAGGGUCUCGAGAAGGCGCUCCCCGAAUCUGUCCAUCCUACCAAGGGCAGCAGUAUCGACCCCGGUGACAAGGGAGAUUCGAACUGGAAGAGCCAUGCUACGGGCGACAGUAUAGUGCCUGACGCCAUUCAGAAGGCUGCGCCAGAGGCGUUGGAGAAGGCUCUGCCCGAGAGCAUUCAUCCUACCAACCCCAAGAAGUAA